AUGGGAAGCGAAAUAGCUAAAAACGCUGGGGACGUUUCCAAAACCCCUGAAACUCCAUACCUUAGGCUCAAUGCUAAGUGGGUCGCCGUGGCCCAUGGUGUUUUCGCCAUGACGGCUUUUCUUGGUGCUCUAGUUGUUGGCUGUUAUCUCCACUAUGAAAAAAUCGUCCAGAAUGCUAGUUAUGGGUACCCAGACGAGUGGUUUCCUUCUGUGUCGGCUACGAUCGGUGACAGGUACCCAGAAAGAUCUGUUUUCCAGGUUUUCAUUGCGGUUACUUCUGGACCUCGGUUCUUACUUAUCUUCGCUAACUUCUUUGUCUUGUAUAACGAGGGACAUAAGAAAGCUUGGACGAUGUUGAUUUCGGGCCUUAUUAGAACUUUUACAUGUGGUGGCUGGGUUUAUAUUACUUCUACUGAUGAUCACGAUGCCCACGAUGUGUUUAUGAUCAGUUACAUUGUUCUUACUAUUCCAUGGACUAUUUGCAUGUCUUCGUUAUCUCCUAAGGGAUCUUUAGCCAAAAAGGGUCGUAUUCUUACUGCCUUGUCGUUCUUUGGCCAGCUUGUGCCUUUGGUGUACUUCUUUAUCCAGCAUAAGGUCCAUGUCGUUGCUGGUGCUUACUCCUACUACGCAUACAUUGAAUGGUCCUUGAUCUUCCUUGACGUCGCUUUCGACACUUGGUCUUACCUUGAUUUCUCCAACAUUGAACUUAGAGUUUACGGAACGUCUGUCGAGUUUGCUACUCCUGACCUCGUGAAGGACACCAAGGAGAAGAUCACCCAGGAAGAUACUGAGAUCAGCUGCACUUCUUUCCUUAUCAACACUAUCAACUCCUUCACUUUGAUGACUGGUAUUACUGGUAUGUUCGCAUGUGUUUGGUACUUCCCAUUGUGGCACAUGGGUGUUUCUGGUUACGAAGCUGUCAUUAUCGUCAUGUUUGUUGCUCCACCUCUCGUGCUUCCAAUUCGUCGUCUCCUUUCAGCCUACCCAUUCAUUCCUCGUGUUUUGGCUGUUGCUGCUACAAUCGGUGCCUGGAAGGUUCCUGACCCUGCCAACCGUCUUAUGACCAUCAGUGCUGGUGUUGGGUUCUCGACCAUCGGUUUGACUGCUGAUUUAUUCAACUUGCAGAACAACCCUAAGAGAUACUCCUCCUACUUUGUUUCCUUGUUGUUGGGUGUCUUGACUUCCUCAGCUGUGAAGUACCUUUGGUCUUCUAACAACCCAGCAUGGCCAAUCAUGCAUAAGGAGAACGGUGGCUACAACGAGAUUUUCUUUUUCAUCACUAUCGUCGCUGCUUUGUUCACCCGUGCUCCAAGAACCUUGCCUGAAGCUGAAUCCUUGAAGCUUCAAGGUGGUUCUUUCUUGCUUGCUGCUUUGGGUUUGGCUGGAUACUUCUUUUCGCUUACCCUUUUCUUGUCAGACUCCUCCAUCUUCGUCAUCUGGUCGUGGACUGGCUUCCCUGUCAAGGGACCUACUCCAGUCAUUGGUGGAUUGAUUCACUUUGCUGCUGCAUUCGCUGGUGUGGUUGCUUCUAUCAAGAUUCACCCUAACUUUUUCACGCAGCCAAUUUACCCACUCGUUGGAGCUGUUGGAGCUGGCGCUGUCCUUCUGAUCUUCCCUGAUUGGAUUGGAUUUGCUGGUGCAACUGUCUACACUUUCUUCAUUGCUACCAUCACUCCAGCUAUCGCUCAGUCUGUGGUCGGAUACUGUCCAAUUAAGUUAUUGACAGUGGCAUUCUUCGUUCACAUCUGUCUUUGCUUGGCUUCUGUUUGGAUCGUCGCUUACGCUUUCGUUCCAGGUGGACCAUUAUUGAGAGAGCGCACUGACUUGAUGGUUGGUUUCACCGUUGGAAGUGUUGUUCUUGGUGUUGCCAACUACAUUCUUCGUAAGUCUGCUUCGAAGAUUACACGUAUUGAAGUCAUUGGCUCCAAGCUUUUGCGCCAGGCCUUGUUUGUUAUCACUGUCUUGGUUGCCAUUACUUCAACUGGUUUCACUGCCAGAUACCAGUCUAACGCUCCUAAGCCAUACAAUUCUGAAACUAGAUCCUUCACUGCCGGUAUUUGGUGUGUUCACUUUGGCUUGGACAACGACCUUUGGGCCAGUGAGAUCCGUAUGAGCAAUUUGCUCAGAGAGGCUGAGGUUGACAUCAUUGGUUUGUUGGAGACGGACACUGAACGUCUUAUUGGCGGUAACAGAGACUUUGCCCAAAGAAUGGGUGAGGAAUUGGGCAUGUAUGUCGACUACGGUCCAGGUCCCAACAAGCACACUUGGGGAGCUGCUUUGCUCUCCAAAUUCCCAAUCUUGCACUCUGAACACCACUUGUUGCCUUCGCCAGUUGGUGAAUUGGCCCCAGCUAUCAAGGCUACAUUAGACAUUUACGGCGAGCACAUUGACGUUGUUGUCUUCCACUCUGGACAAGAAGAAGACCCCGAGGACCGUCGUUUGCAGAGUUUGUACCUCCAGGACGUCAUGGCCGAAUCUACAAAUCCAUUGGUUCUCCUCAGUUACUUGGUGACCAAGCCAUUGGAGGGUAACUACUAUACCUACUCCAGUGAGAAGUCUAGAAUGUACGACAUUGACUCCACUGACUGGGACAGAUGGUGCGAGUACAUCAUGUUCCGUGAGCUCAAGAAGGUUGCCUACGCUAGAAUUUCCAGAUCCACCAUCACCGACACCGAGCUUCAAAUUGCCAAGUUCAAGUUCCUCAACAACGAACAGAAGCAACUCGGAACCGAUUUCCUCUAUGGAAACCACUUCAUCCACGAGGAUCAGGUGCACCCUAACCUCAGAAUGCCAUCUUUGUUCAGAGGUGAUGGUGUUAGAGGACACAGAUACCAUGUGUUUGACGAACCACGCUACUUCGCCGAAAGCGGUGACCAAGUCAGAUUCUUCGAAGAAUUUUCUAUAGAUCUACUUAUCACCAACACCGUACUUGGUACAGAACAGGCUCUAAUGAACUUUUUGAACUCAGCAAAGAGCCUUAUAUUCGGCCAAAGGCCGGUGCUCAACACCUUGAUCCAAACCAGAACGAAAAUGAAGUCCCACAAGUCUGCAGCCAAGAGAUUCAUCAAAACCGCCAACGGCUACAAGAGAAAGUGUGAUGGCAGAAAGCAUGGUAACGGUGGAUUCACUCCUCUGAGUUAUAGCCAUUUGGAUAAGUGGCAGAUGGUGCCAAAGAAGGGCGGCCACUUGAAGAAACUACAGAAGUACCUUGAAGUGUAA